AUGCCCUCGGAGUGUCUGGCGGCCCUUGCAACCCCGGCUAGCCGCGCCCGUGCUCCCUGCACUUCCCGACAGGUCUCGGCUCGGCUCGUGCUUUUGGUUCUGUUGUCUCGCUUGCGGUCCAUUUUCAAAUCUCUUGUGGGAAAGGAUGUGGUUGUGGAACUAAAAAAUGAUCUGAGCAUAUGUGGCACCCUCCAUUCUGUGGAUCAGUAUCUGAACAUCAAACUAACUGACAUCAGUGUCACAGACCUUGAAAAAUACCCUCAUAUGUUAUACGUGAUGAACUGUUUCAUCCGUGGCUCAGUGGUUCGCUAUGUGCAGUUGCCAGCAGAUGAAGUUGACACACAGUUGCUUCAGGAUGCAACAAGAAAGGAGGCCCUGCAGCAGAAACAGUGA